ACUUUGAGCCAUGUCCUUGGUGAAUAUUAUACUCCCGCUUUAAAAUGUGAAGUGGAUGUAACAGAGAGAGAGAAUUCUGGUGUUGAUGUUUCUCUAAAUCAAGGUCCAGUAUUACAAGAUUAUAGAUAUGAACUUCAAGACUUUCAAGAAAACAUGUACAUCCUUCUCAACAAAAUAACAGAAGAGUACAACAAACUCCUGGUACUCCAAAUGCAAUUAAGCAAGAUUCAAGGUCAGCAAAUAGAUGGUAUGGAACUUGGACUUACCGAAGAAAACCUUACAGAACAAGAAACAGAGAUUUCAUCAGCCCAUUUACAGAUGACCAAUUCACAAAACAUUGGUGUCGAUCACAAAUACAAAUUAUAUUCUCUGCAAGAUGUCAAAAAAAUCCAACAACUUGAAGAACAAAUUCAAGAAUUAGAAAAACUCAUAUCCUCUUUGCAGCAGCAGUUGAAAGAAACUGAAGAAAGCUAUGGAGCAAAGAUCUAUUGUUUGCAAGAGAAGCUUCAAGCUGUUAGUGAAUCUACAGUUCAGACAAGGUAUCUCAUCUUACA